AUGAAUCUUACAGCAAUGAACCAAAGCAAUAUGUGUCAGGAAUUUUCGUGUCCAGAGAGAUCUGUUUCUCUGUCUGUCUAUGUGAUUCUGUAUGUGGCCGCAGCAGCUGUGUCUCUGCUGACCGUGUGUGGAAACCUGCUGGUCAUCAUCUCUGUUAGUCACUUCAAGCAGCUCCACACACCUGCUAACAUCCUCAUCCUCUCUUUGGCUGUGUCUGAUCUCCUGGUUGGAGUUUUUGUGAUGCCACUACAUUUGUCUUGGCUCAUUGAGUCAUGUUGGACUUCUGGACCGGUGAUGUGCUCUGCUUUAAAAAUAGUGAAUUUUCAAGCAACAAGCGUGUCUGUUCACACUGUGGCUCUGAUAGCAGUUGAUCGUUUUUUGGCUUUAAGUUCUCCUUUUCUUUACUCAGAGAAAAUCUCACCCACUGUGAUCUGCAUAACGACUUUAUUUAACUGGUUGUUUUCACUCAUUUAUAACUUCACUCUUCUGUUUGUUAAUGGAAACUUCACUAAUGUCAUGUGUCCAGGAACAUGUGUUUAUUUUAUGGAUGGAGUUUCAUCUCUCAUUGAUCUUCUAAUUGUGCUUCUUAUACCAUGUACACUCAUUAUAAUAUUAUACACUCAUGUUUUUAUCAUUGCUAAGAGACAUGCGACUGCUAUAAGAGCCCUUCAGGUUCACAACAGCACAGGAUCCUCCAAAAACAGAGUCAGUGACAAAUCAGAGCGAAAAGCUGCGAUACUGCUGGGGAUUCUAGUCAUUGUGUUUCUUAUGUGUUUACUGCCACAUUAUAUUUGUUCUUUAGUGAUUCCAUACAGUAAUGCUGACUUGUUUUAUGUCAGAAAUGUUGCUGUAAUAUUUUUCUUCCUGAACUCCACCAUUAAUCCCAUCAUUUAUGCUUUAUUCUAUCCAUGGUUUCAGAAAAGCUUAAAAUUAAUUUUCACAUUUAAAGUGUUCAAUAAAGAUUCAUCCCUGAUGAAUGUGCUGUAA